UAGUGGUUUUUAAAUAGUAAAAAGUGCAAAAAUGUAGUGAACAAGGACAAUGGAUUUCGAUGCCGAAAAAAAUUCCGUUGAAAAUGUGAAAUUUAUAGCUUUUUCUUUGUUUAAACUACUUGCCUUCGACUAAUUGGGGAAAGUGGUUAACAGCAGACAGGUCGGAAAAAGUCGGGCGCCGCUGUUAGGUAGACUGUUAUGUUGCUGCGCUGUAAAACGAACGAAGUUUCUCUACAUCGGUGCUGUCAAACAGUUGCAGCGCUGUUAAACAGUUGCAUUUUAACAACAUGGCCCUGUUAAUUUAAAAUUUAAGUGCAUAUUUUAACUUGGUGGGCUAUGUCAGACGGAUGCGUUCUUAUUGGGAGCAAUGAUAAAUUUCUGAAAAAAAGCAAAAAUAAUCAGGUUAAAAAUUUAACUAAGGGUCGUAUAAAUAUUUUAAAAGAAUAAUUUAAAAAUUUGAGUAAUUUGCAUUCAACAAAGGAGGUCCACCUUGCAAGACGUCGCAGUUGACCGCACACAUGGAAUGUGAGAUACAAAAAAUAUGGAGCCCGAGGAAUAUUAAGAAUUGGAACAUUCGACUCUGCAUUAAAAGUGCAUAUGUGUGCGUUGCACACAUCGUGCAGGGCCAAUGCCGAUGCAUGCAACUGCUUAGCAGUUUGAUGGCAUUUGCCUGGUUGUAAGUUGCAACAAAACGUUUAAUCGCCUUUUUAAAUGUGCAGUUCGUGCCUUCAAUCGGAAUAUACUGAGUCGAAUUUCUCUUUUACUAUUUGUUCGUUGUUGAGAAGUGUUUGCGUUGGGAAUUGCACACAAAUGCAGUAAUACCCUUAGGAAUUUACUUAUCCCUACAAAAUACGUGCGCUGUGGCAUUUUAAGCCAGUUAUUUGCUUUUUUGGGUCAUAGCUUGGCACUCGUCAUACUCUCCAAAUAUGACCUCACUUUCUAGACAACAAAAGCAACAGACUACACAGAAAAGAAGUUGGAUGAAUCAUCGUCAUCAUUUGGACUACUUGAACUGGUUCUCACUAUAGCAGGAGGUGUACGCUGAGUUUUAACUUUAAUUCUGAUGGCAUUGGUAUUUAUGAACACUAAGCAACAAAGCUAAGAAAUCAUGCGGCAAACACGCCGGGAGGCAUUCUAAGUAUCUAACGUAGGCUAAAAACAUGAUUGUGCUCACCAUUUAUUGCUAUUUAUAUGCAUAUGUUUGUCUAAAUGUCACAUAUUUUUGAAAUCAUACAUAUACUUUGUGCCACGCAUAGCUCUUAAUCUAUUUUCAGAUCAACAUCAUCAAACCAAUCCAAACCAAACCAAAUCAACUACUACAACGACAUUCAACAUAACUCUAAUUAAUAUAUUAAUCUAACCAUAUUACCUACUAUAUAAUAUCAUACAUUGUAUAUUUGACAUACUGCAUAAUUGAAAAUUUCUUGCUAUGUUGCGAAAAUGUAUAUUUUGAACAUUUUUGAUUAACUUUCCACUCCUCUUCUAAUAGCACCCAAAUACCAAACGGCCUACGCUUGCGAAGGUAAGAAAUUAACAAUUGAAUGCGAUCCAGGCGACCUGAUUAACCUGAUACGCGCAAACUAUGGACGGUUCUCGAUAACGAUAUGCAAUGACCAUGGCAACGUGGAAUGGAGCGUGAAUUGCAUGUUUCCCAAAAGUUUGACCGUGUUAAAUUCAAAAUGCGCGCACAAGCAAAGCUGCAGUGUGUUGGCGACGACGAGCAUGUUUGGCGAUCCCUGCCCUGGCACACACAAAUAUUUGGAGGCACACUAUCAAUGCAUAUCGGCCUCACAAACAUCAACUACCACAAAUCGUCCAAGUCCGCCAUGGGUUUUGGCGAAUAACCCACCGUUGCUUGCUAAUGGCAGCACGCUCAUCAAUCCGAGUGCUCCUCUCCAACCACCGGGGCCCGGUCGCCUGCCAUUGCCCGCUGGUGCGGGUGCUCCAGCCGCAGGUGGCAUAUGGCAUACGCUACCGCCAACGCCGGGCCCACCGCAACCCACCUUGCCGGGUGGCCGGCUAAAGGGUAGCUACAAUACAACGGCGAUAAAGAAUUCUAAUAGGCAUGACGGGUUACCACCACCGCCGCCGUUGCAUCAUCACCACCACUCGGGACAUCACCCAACGUCGUUAGGGGAUGCGGUCAAUGCGGCUGAUGCUUCAGGGUCCAAUACUCGAUCACAAGCGAAAGGUGAUGCAGCAAUGCGAACGCCAAGUACAAAUCAAACCAAAUCCUACACGGGUCCGUCCAACACAACCACCUCUCCCAAUACACGUAUACUUAGCGGGGUUGGUGGCAGUGGCACAGAUGACGGCACCUUGCUAACUGCUAAAACAGCGCAAAAUCGUGGCAACCAACCGCAGAGUACAGCUACCCAACAACAUGCCACUGGUGGUAAUAAUAAUUUAAUAGGCACCGCCACAGAUGCUGGCAACGGAGGUACUGGCAUCCGCACCAUCAACAACAUAAACAAUCUCAAUUUGGGUUUGGGUGCGGUUGCUGAGGAUGAAACGAAUAUGUUCUGUGGACCCACAAAUGCACGUAAUUUGUUCUGGAAUAUAACGCGUGUCGGCGAUGUAAAUGUGCAGCCAUGUCCAGGCGGUGCCACAGGCAUUGCGAAAUGGCGGUGUGUGCUCAUGAAGCGCGUCACGUUUAAAGAAGACGUUGGCGGUACACCAGAGCCAACUACCAUGCGCACAAUGCUACGCUCUAAUUGCAGCGCCAACGCAAAUAGUAGCUGCGAAACCGCCGCUGAUAGACUAAAUCGUCGCAUAGGGAACUUUGAACCCACUUGGCACCCCUUAACACCCGAUCUGACGCAAUGCCGUAGUCUAUGGUUAAACAGCUUAGAGGUACGCGUCAACCAACGAGAAUCAUCGGUUAUCUCAAUUGCAAAUGAUCUGUCGGAGGUGACUAGCAGUAAAACUCUGUAUGGCGGUGAUAUGCUUGUUACCACAAAAAUUAUACAAACCAUGUCGGAAAAAAUGUUUCAUGACAAAGAAACAUUACCCGAUCAACGCCAGCGUGAGGCUAUCAUAUUAGAGCUCCUACAUGGUGUAGUAAAAACUGGUUCAAAUUUAUUGGACGAGUCGCAAUUAUCAUCUUGGAUGGAUCUAAAUCAGGAAGAUCAAAUGCGUGUUGCAACAUCGCUGCUUACGGGACUAGAGUACAAUGCAUUUCUGUUGGCCGAUACGAUAAUACGCGAGCGGAAUAUUGUGCAAAAAGUAAAAAAUAUAUUGUUAUCUGUACGUGUUUUGGAAACAAAGAAUAUCCAGAGCAAUGAAGUUUUCCCAGACCUCGAACAGUGGCAAAUCAGUGAUGACCGCAUUGAGUUACCACGAACUGCGUUGAUUGAGAACAGCGAAGGUGGGCUUGUACGCAUAGUUUUUGCUGCAUUCGACCGUCUAGAAUCGAUUUUGAAACCAUCAUACGAUCAUUUUGAUUCCAAGAGCUCCCGUAGUUACGUUCGCAACACUGCUUUACUGGCAAGUGAACGCAAUGAUACAGGUGCAGCUGCUGAUAUCCAGCAGCAACGCAUACGCAUACUAAAUAGUAAGGUGAUAUCGGCUAGUUUGGGCAAAGGGCGUCAUAUACAACUAUCACAACCCAUCAAAUUAGUUUUGCGGCACAUAAAAACCGAGAAUGUGACAAACCCAACCUGUGUCUUUUGGAACUACAUAGAUCACGCUUGGUCGGCAAAUGGGUGCAACUUGGAGUCUACAAAUCGUACGCACAGCAUUUGUAUGUGCAAUCAUCUCACCAACUUUGCCAUACUAAUGGACGUUAUGGACGAGCACAAUCAUUCGCUGUUUGGCGUCUUUAAUGGCAACAUGCGUAUACUUAUCUACAUCAGCAUAUCGAUUUGUCUGGUGUUUGUGGUCAUUGCAUUGCUAACGCUUAAGAUCUUCAAUGGCGUAUUCAUAAAGUCUGCGCGCACUUCCAUCUACCGCAGCAUUUAUAUAUGUCUACUUUUCAUUGAAAUUCUUUUCCUAAUCGGCAUUGAGCAGAAUGAGACGAGUAUUCUCUGUGGUUUUACUACUGUGUUUCUUCAUUGUUCAAUACUAUCGGCGAUUGCGUGGUUCUGUUUCGAAGCAUUCCAAUCAUACUCAACACUAACCACCGAUGACAUGUUACUGGAAGUUGACCAAACCUCUAAAGUGAAUUGUUACUAUUUACUAUCCUAUGGCCUAUCGCUCACAAUUGUUGCCAUUUCGUUGGUCAUUAAUCCCAAUACUUAUACACAAAAUGAUUUUUGUGUGCUAAUGGAGGCAAAUACGCUUUUCUAUUCGAGCUUUGUGGCGCCUGUUUUGCUAUUUUUACUGGGCGCCAUCGGCUACACAUUCCUGUCGUGGGUGAUUAUGUGCCGCAAGAGUCAUACAACACUGAAAAAUAAGGAACACACACGGCUUGCCAAUGUGCGUUUCGACAUUCGUUGCUCAUUUAUAUUUCUGCUGUUACUGAGCGCCGUUUGGAUUUCCGCCUACUAUUAUUUGCGUCUCUCCAAAACGGAAGAUGAAUUGGCCGUUGUAUGCGGCUAUCUUUUCAUUAGUUUUAAUACUCUAAUGGGAUUGUAUAUUUUCGUGUUUCAUUGCAUACAAAAUGAAAAAAUCCGUCGCGAAUAUCGUAAAUAUGUACGCCAAAACUCUUGGCUGCCUAAGUGUUUGCGCUGCUCGAAAGCCUCCAUCUCCUCGGGCAUAGUGGGCAAUAAUGGCAUUGGCAGUGCUGGUGGUGUCGGCACGGGCAAUGGCAGUGGUGGUACUGGUGGCACUCUUUCCGGCACGCAUCGCGGCACUUCAAGCACAGCACAAUUGAAGAAGUCGAAAUUGCCAAUAGGCAGUGAUGGCUUAGUGUCGGAUGAGACCGGCAAUAUUAUAUCGGCCGCUGAGGAUGCUAUUAUUGCUUCUUCAGAUUGUGAGCUGAAUGACUCGCGUACUUUGGCUUCAGUCGGCGGGGAUGGCGAUGCGGAUGCAGUGAAAUGCGUUGGCCCGAAUAUGUCGUCGUUGCAGCAUGGCAAGGGCGGGCACUCUAUAAUUGACGCUAUGCAAGGCCAUAUUGUGCUGGAGCGCGGUGGUGGAGGUGGAAAUACACUGCAUUCAGUGGGCGGCAGUGGCGGUCUGCGCACACCUAGUGCCGGUCACACUUCACCUACCUCGUCGGCUGGCUCAACGCACCUCAUUUUUGGCGGGCAGAAGCAGCAGAUGAUUAGCGCGGGUAUCACAUCAGCUGGCGGCGGGCCACAGGAGGCGUACUACCAUCAACCUGACUACUACGGCUGGAAGCAGCCGAUGGGAAAGGCGAGCGGUGGUAAUAAUGCUUUGAGUUUGGCGCAUCCACGCGACUACCCGGGUAAUGCCGUUUCCCCGCAGCAGGCCCAUGAGUUCUUUUAUUGGACGCAAAAACAUCAGCCGCAUGGCAAGAAGAAGCGCGGUAGUGGAAUUGGUGGCGAUUCGCCGAGCGGCUCGUUGCAUAGCCGCACCACAGCGGCCUCACAACAGAUUCUCUUCUAUCCCUCGUACAAGAAGACUACGUUGAAGCAGCAACAACAGCAGCAUCAGCAACAGUAUCCGCAUUACGACGAAGCGGUUGGUGCAGCUGCCUACUACCAACAGCAACAACAACAUCAGCAGCAACAACAACAACAUCGUCGCCAUGCAUCUGCAGCCAUGAUGUUGGCGGCACAUCAUCAACAGCAGCAACAGCUAUCCUCAGACGAGGAACAAUUAGAGCCGGCAGCAGCAGCGCAUGCGCAUUUGCUGCACUUAGGUCGACGCGCCGGUUCACAAUUGCCACCACCGCCUGCGCCCGCACCACACGCGUACCACUAUCCCCAUCACCACUCGCCAGAGUUUAUGGGCGCAGCGCACACGCCGACACAGCGUUACUAUAGAAAUAAGCAUUCCAACUGUGAUCUGAGCCAUGAGGAGUAUGACCCGAGCGGACGCGCGGGUAGCGAACAGUACUACAAUCAAAACUCCAUUGGCGGUGGCGAUGGCCCAGUAUAUGAGGAAAUCCUCAGUAAUCGCAAUUCCGAUGUCCAACACUACGAUAUGGAUUUGAAUAUGUAUGGUCAUCACGAUGAUGACGACGACGAUGACGAUGAAGUGAAUUGUUGCGAUAGUGAGAGUGGUAGUGCCAUGCGCCGUCAACAGAGGCAGCAACAGCUACGUCAGCGUCAUCACUAUGAGGCGGCGCGAAAUGGUGUUUUGGGUGGCGCCGGUAGCAGUGGCAAUGGAGGUGGCAGUCGAUAUGGCCAUGCAGAGAGUGGUGCGUCCAGCGACGAGGACGACGACGACGACAAUGAAGACGAUGGAGAGGACGAAAGCGCGCAACGGCGUGGGUUGCCGCAGGGCGACGAACGCAUGCGGCGACUGAUUGCGAUGCAGGAUGAAGAGUUUCAGCGGCGGUUUCAAAGGCAGCGCAAAAAAGCCGACAACACAGUGAGCGAAAAGGCAGCAGCGGUAGCAGCUUACUUUGAUCACCACAAUGCAGCAUCGUCAGCCGCGUCAGGCGGUAAUGGUGGUGGCAUAGGCGCGACGGUUUUUGGCAUUAGCGGCGGUGGCAGUGGCGGCGCGGGAUCAAUACGCGCCUUAAAAAAGAUCUCACCGAGUAAUCGAAUAGGCGUACACGAACUAUUCACGACGACUCAUGGAGGCGGUGGUGGUGGUGGACCACCUUUACCGCCGGCCAAUCAGCAACAACAACAGUAUCCCCUGCCAAAGAGGCAACAAUUGUCGCCAACAACACUAAAGGCGACAACAGCAACAACACCGUCAUCGUCGCACACUCAGCCGAUUAUUGGCCGGAAUAUUUCUGCAAUGCUUGAUGAGAAUAAUACAGUGCGCUGUUAUCUGGAACCGCUGCCCAAGUGA